CUCAAUUUUUAUUCCCCAUCACUCCGUUUCCAUAUAUGUCCAUGUCCAUCCUUUCUUUUUUGCAAUCUCUCCAUUACGCAUUCGCUUUCUUUCUCUCAUUAUCUCUCACUGUAUCACUCCACUCCAAACUCCAAAGUACUUGAAAUCUUCUCCUUCAAACAGCAAAAAUGUCGUGGCAAACUUACGUCGAUGACCACUUGAUGUGUGAGAUCGAUGGCUCCGAAAACCGCCUCUCCGCCGCCGCUAUUAUUGGCGUUGAUGGAAGUGUUUGGGCACAAAGUGCUUCUUUUCCUCAGUUCAAGGAAGAUGAAAUAGCUGCUAUUGUGAAGGAUUUUGAGGAUCCUGGAACCCUUGCCCCCACUGGGCUGUACCUUGGUGGGACUAAGUACAUGGUUAUUCAAGGUGAACCUGGGGCAGUUAUUCGUGGGAAGAAGGGUCCUGGUGGCAUUUGUGUUAAGAAGACCAACCAGGCUUUGGUUAUCGGUAUAUACGAUGAGCCAGUGACUCCUGGUCAGUGCAACAUGAUUGUUGAAAGGCUGGGCGAUUAUCUCAUUGAGCAGGGUCUCUAACUAUUUUGGUUAGUUACACAUAUUUGGUUGGCGUAUGCAAAGGAGAUUGGUGUGGAUUUGCUUCUCUAUAAACUCGGGAUUGGCUUUCUAUUGUGAACUAUUUAUCCUUUAUGGUUCUUCCCUUGAAGGGUUUAAAUUAAAUAUUUCUGGCAACAGAUUAGUAUUUCUCGAUGUCUUUGUAUGAAUUGUUUGCUUUGAUCUCGGAGAUAGUUGAUCCCUAAAGCGGCGUAAGAUUUUAAAUGCUGAAUAAUAUUUCUGAAAAUGGUUUUUCAUUUCAGUGGAAAUCAAAAUAUUGUUAUUGUUAUGAUC